CAAUCCGCCACCCCCUCGCCCCCCCGUCUCUCUCGCUCGCGACCAUGGCGACCGAAGCCUAGGCCAUCCCCGCCGCCGGUCGCCGCCCCUGGCCCACCUCGCCGCCGCCCCUGGUCCACCUCGCCGCCGCCGCCGCACGCGAGGAUUUCGGGUUUACGGGUUGGAAUUAGGUGCCCGCCGCCUGUGGAUUUCCUAAUCCCUUCAACUUCAGUCAAUCUGGUCUAUUGUUAUCCCAGAAGCCGCAAUGACAGAAAUUAAGCUGCCGAAUAUCCAGAAAGCUGCAUCAAGUGAUUACUGGAGUCUGGCCAGCAGCCAGUAUCCAUCUGGUAAAUUUCCCAAGGUAUCAAUUGGCAUCCCUAUUCCAAGGACAGGAAGCAGAGAUGCUGCUACCGCCCCUGCAUUCGAGAGGAACCCGUCUCAGGGAACUGAUGGAAGAUCUAGACCCCCGAAAGGUUAUAGUGCUUCACUCCGGGUCUCACAAGAAGCUGCAAACCAUGGCGGGUCUGCUACAGAGGCACCUGAAGCCGCCCCUGUUAAGGGUUCUCUGUCACAGCCUGAUGACCAUGCGCAUGAGCAAACCGGAACCUUUUCCUUUGGAACAAGAAAAGAGCAAGACAGCCAGCUUGACCAACUGCAAAAGACACCCUUCGUGAGUUCACAAGGGAAGCGCCAAGUGGAAUCUGCAGAUAAAACCAAACCCAACAGCGAGCUUCUCAGGAUGAAGCUCUGGGGGAUCCUUGGUACAUCACAAACCAAGCAGGCUGUUGCUUCACCAAACCCUGAAGACAUUGGGACACCUGACCAACCUGAAAGUUUAACCGCCAAUGGACCAUCUUCAGGGAACAAGAAGGUUUACACGCCACCUUUUCCUGAUAAUAUCAAGACACCUGAUCUGCUGAAGUGUCAAACAGCUGCCUAUGCAAAGAGUAAACCAUCCUCUGAUCCAAUUGAGUCAGAUUCUGAUACUCCGCAAGUAGUUGAAAUAAGGCCUGUUACUCGCACCUUGGGUCGCAAGAAAGCACCAGAAGCCUCCAGGAAGCAGGAUAAGAGCCAGAGUGCAAAGAAACCAUUGUCUACUAAAUGUUCUGCACCCAAGCAGAAAACACUGGACAAUGUGUUUGUUUUUGAUGAGAAAUGCACACCCAAAACCGCAGGCAAAUCUGCAGUCAGUAACUCUGGAUGCUUGAGAAAUCUUAGAAGCUCAAAUAGGAAGGCUAAAGUAGAGCUUAAGAAGGUCAAUUGUUCUAGCAUGAUUUCUGACAAGAUCACACCAGAUGGUAGGGAAGGACGGCUAUCUUCUAGAAAUGUACCAUCAGAAAAUAAGGGAGAGAAAACCACCUCCUUUUCUUCUUUGUCCCGAACUGGAAAAACUGCUGAGAGCUGUUCUAGAAGCCCUACUCGGGAGAAACGGCUGAAUGGAAUGGCUAAAGUUGGGCCUCAGAAGAUGCAGUCUUCAGAAAAGUUGCUGCCAACGACACUGAAUGAAGGUGAAGAUAAGCUCUCUUCUCAGAAUAUUUCAUCAAAGAGCAAGGAAAAUUAUUCUUCAUUGCUGCACCGCAAGGAGAAUGCUAAUUUGAGCAAAGCUUCAGACAAAAGUCCUCAGGCACAUAAAGCAGCAGGAAAUAAUUUGAAGUCGCCACCAUCUGGUGCUGCUAGUCCAUCACCUGAACCGAAAAUGUACCCAUGGGACAAUGAGGCAAGUCCCCAGAUAAAUGGUAAGAAUGGAGAGAAGUUUGCCGUUCCAUUGGCAGACGGAUUCAGAGACAUGCAAGAUGACUUUGUAAGUCCUACUUUUGCAACUAAUGUAAAUGGCCACCGCCAUAGAAGUAAAAUGCUACAUGAUGACACAUACAGCCCCAAGUAUCCAAAAAGUGUGAACAGGUCAAGAUCAAGUUCCUAUGCUUCUGAUCCAUGGUCUGAGCCAUCGGAUCGGAUGGAUAAAACCGAUGAGUUACCUAACAGUGAAUCUCCUAAUUCCCCAAAAGAAAGAGAGAGCAAAAAACAACCAAAUCUUUCACCCAUUGCGCCAACUGAAGAUGAAAUGGCUCAAACUUCUAUUCCAAGCUUCGGGAAAGGAUAUAAAUCUCGCAAAUGGCUUUCAGAUGUAGACGGCCCUGAUAAAUCUCCUCCAGAAAAUCUGGAUAGGAAAUCACAUCUGAAAGAUGGUAAAAGAGGCAAAAAACGGCGCUUACCUUCGCCUAUUCCUUUUGCCACUUUAGGAACACAAGAAACUAUAAUGUCAGACAAAGAACCAGUGCAAUGCCCAGAUGACUACCUAACCAGGGCUUUUGAUCAGUUACUGCUGGUGCUGGGAAGGUUUCAAACCAAGAUCAAGUCUGAAACAAGAAACAAAAGUUCUGAGAUACUGGCAGGUACUGGAGAGAUAAUACGCCAGCACCUUGAGGGAGUUGAGGUGCAGAUGCAGGAUGAUGUGGAUAAGCUGGUCAAUGCAGGAAAAUCUAAAAGAAAGCGACUAGAAUCAACAUUUGAAGAGCAACAAGAACAGUUAAGGGUUCUUCAUGAGAAGUUUAAGGAGGAGGUUAAUCAGCAGUUGCUUGGUUGCACGAACUCUCUCAAGGAAUUCGAAGCUUAUCAUGCAGAACUUAAGGGAGUAGCUGAUAAGCAAAAAGCAUCACACAAGAAGCUCCUCCAACAUGCCGAGAGAACAGUUGAUUCUCAGCUCAAGGACGCUGAACUCAAAAUCUCGGAGAUUCAGAAGAGAGCCCGGAAGAAGAUGAACGGCCUAAAACAGGUACUCAAGGAGCUCAUCACCGAAACUGCAGACUGAUCAAGCUCACCUGCUCUACACAAACACAAGUAGAUACAUAGCUAAGGCGAAACGAGUAGGGUACCACAUCACAGACAGGUCUACGGCUCCAUUUCACAAAGGGUAUAGAAGGAUGGCGCCAGAACGCAUGUAGGGUUCAUUUGCUUACAGUUCAGUUUGAACUAUGCCUUGUAGGAGCAUAGCAUCGUUUUACGAUCUUUACCACUUUGAGUCAGUGACUCGCUAACUUACCAUCCGGGCAAGUUCUCACCAGUGCCUUAAAGCAUGACGCAUUUCUUCAAUGAAUCGUGUCGUGGCUCGAGUAAUGUAACGAUCCAGUACAAAAUCGCAGAUGCUUAAGUUGAAUUUGCUGCCACGUGAAAGAAAAAGUGACAGUUAAAUCAAUUGUACUAAUCUGGUGGCAUCUUUGAUUC